GUACGGUCAAGAGUGAAGGGUAAACUCUUACUUGCCCUAUCUUACCUCCCGGACAUUCUGGACGUAUGCAUUUCCCGAAUUCCAAACGUUGACCGUGCAUGCAUUCCUCGUCAUUCACUACCGGUUUCCCCCGCAACAGCGCUGGCGGUGGCUGGGGCGUCAAAUGGCGCUUCAUCAGCUCGUCUCGCGCAGUCGCAUUCAGCUGACUUGGAAACUACCCAGCUCGCAAAUGAAACUGUCUGUGGUGACGAUGAUGCCCAAGAACCUGCCCUCCAGACCAGCAUAAUACCAGAAAACGAACCCUUACCCGAGGGUUGGGAUGAACGAAUUGACCAGAAUGGACGUACAUACUACGUGGAUCAUAUUAACAGGCGUACGCAAUGGGACCGACCCCUCAGGUUAGUUGCAUUUGAACCUUUUUGCUGCAACUUUAUCGGCCUCAUUUAG